AAGCUAAUAGUGACUUUACAAGCCACUAAAAUCGAUAAAAUUGUUAAUCUUAAGUAUUUAGUAUUAACAGUUUAUUGCAAUCAACUACAAAUAGUAGUUACGAUAAACUUUCAGAAAGUAGCUUCGAUGGCUCGUGGCCACUAUCCCACAAGAAGCGCUUCUAUGACUUGUAAAGAGGAAAGACAACGCACGAAAUUCUUUCCCGAAGGUAAGGAAGUCUGGAAAGUACAAUAUUUUAGUCCCCUUUUAACAAACUAUUAUUCUGGUUUUAUUUUAACCUCGUCAAAAUCUAAAGAUUUCGUCAAAACAAUGACAAAGUCGGCUUUUGUCAGUUGGACAGCGGCAAACCCUCCCGCAUCAAUAUUUAUAACUGACUUAUCGCAAAGGCUUAAAGAUAACAUGCAUGAAAAAGAGAAAAGUGAACAAUCGGAAGAAAAUCAUCACAAUAAUCCGAUUUUUAUGACUGAAAGUGAAGAAAUCGAAACAAUUAGAAAAACAAGUUUGUUUGCACAAGACGUCACUGAGUCAGAACAAGACAUUAUAGAUAAACGUGUGGCAUUGCAACAACGACAGUAUGCAGAGUUCGAAAGACGUGAAAGAGAACGAAAGUCACAAAAAAUUCGAGCUGUAUUUGAGUUUGUAUCCGACGAAGAAAUUGAAGAGGCGCUCAAAGAUUGUGAAAAUGAUGAGGAAGAAGUUAUUGUAAGAAUGACACAGCCACGUUACCUUAUUGAAAUUCGUAAAACAAUAGCUGAAAGGAAUAUGCUAAAUUUGAUGACUGACGAACAAAAAGAAGCAUAUGAACAGCUCUUAAAGAAACGAAAAGAAACUUUGAAGAAAUGGACAGGAGAAACUGCCAAAAAACAAUACCGUAUGAAAGGUCGUCUUGCAUUAGACGAUGCUUUGAAGCAAGUUCAAGAUAACACAAAAGAUCUCGAAAAGGCAUUUGAGGGUUGGUCAGAAGCUCGAAUCAAGGCAUAUAAAGCAAUUGAUACAAAACCUAACACUUAUUAUUAUCGAUUCAAUGCUCCUGGUGAAGAACAGAAGAAAGGACAAUGGACACAGGAGGAGGAGGAGCUAUUUUUCAAACGAUUGAAAGAAAUUGGUGCAGACGGCCAAUGGGGAAUAUUUUCGAUGGCAAUCCCAGGUCGCGUUGGUUAUCAGUGUUCAAAUUUUUAUCGAUUACUGAUAGAGACAGGACGUGUCAAAGACCCUAAUUACGUACUCGAUGAGAAGGGUAAAGCCCAUUUCUUAUUCAGCACUAAAAACAAAAAAACCGGUGAAACCGAAAAAACUUUCCGAACACAUACUAAGCAUGGAAGUGCUUCUCGGAAAAGGACGUCGUCACAAUCUACAAGUAAAACAGCACCUACAAAGAAAAAACGUAAAGGGCCCCAUAAUCAUGAUACUGAAAUGGAUGAUGAUGUUGAAGAUGACAAUCCAUUACCUGGAUUCAUCGAUCCAAUAACAUUAGAAGCGGUGGUUAAACCAGCAAUUUCUCCAUAUGGACAUGUGAUGGGGUAUGACAGUUGGGUUCGAUGUCUUUCCUCUGAAACCAAAAAGAACAUCUGCCCAUUGACUAAAAAGCCUUUAACAAAACGUGAACUUGUGAUUUUGACAAAGGACAAUAUUGACCAAUAUCGGUUUGUAUCUUAA